GUUUGUUUCCAAAGUGAGGCGCCGUUAUCUCAAGUGAACGUCCCGUUCCGUAAUCAGUCUGAGGCGGACCAGUGGUGUCCAUUCCUCGAGACACUGACCGACGCGGAGAUGGAGAAGAAGAUCAGAGAUCAGGACAGGAAUACCCGGCGAAUGAGACGACUGGCCAACACGGCCCCCACCUGGUAG